AUGGAGCAAGGUGAAGUGUUUAUUGUGGAUGAACAGGAAGGAGAACUAGAUCCGAAUGAUGCAUGGUUGAUGCGCGCUGCAGGCGGUGAGGAGGAAAUUGAAGCAAAUGAACUUCCGAUGGGAGCGGUUGCUGCUGCCCAAGAUGAUGACCAGUUAUCCUUUGAGGAUUCGGAACGCUUUGAGGAAGAUUCUCUGUGUUCAUGGAUGUCAGAUGCUGAAUCUUUAAAUCAGAAUUGGCGUGGAUGGAGUACGACGAGGAAUCCAGCUGCACAAACUGGAAUCGAGCAUACAUUUGGUGACGGAUCAGGUCCAUUGUUACCAAGUUCGUUAUUACGCUUUACUGGAGGUAUCACAUCGCCAUCACAGUCUCGUAGGCAUCCCACAUCUACUUCUGCGACUACAAUGAACCUGAGUUCCCCUGCUUCAGCAGCUAGUGUUUGCGCACAUACAGCAACAUAUAAUAUACGUAGUCUAGCUGAAAUGGCUGCUCGCGUUGCUGCACGGUGUUUCUCAUUCGUAAUGUUGGAGGCGUGCUAUCACGCGAUUUCAGUUGAAAAGAGAAGGAUAAAUCUCAAAAGUGGUAUGAGUGACUGUUCCGUUAUAUUUGAAAAUGCUUUCGCAGAACAUGCUGCAAUUCCUGAUAAAUUUUUCUUGAGCAUAGUGCGUUGGUGUUUUCCUGAAAGCGAGGAGGAUGUUCGCUUAUAUAGCUGUUUGGCAAAUGGCAAUGCCGAUGAGUUUGAUAGAGGAGAGUAUUUGUAUCAAGCAAAUGCGGUUCAUGAUGUUUUCCAAAUAGGUUAUCAUAUUUCCGCUGUAGUGAAUGCAACAGGUGCUUCUUCUAUAGUCACUCCAACAAGUUCAUCAGUUCCUCCUUGUCGUUCAAAAAUGACAUACAAUGUAUCAGUUCGUGUGGACAGAUGUCGCAUAGUAUCAUGUAAUUGCUCAUGUGCUUUCAAGGCAUCAUGGUGUCAACACGUUGUCGCUGUAUGUUUGUAUAGAAUAAAUAGAGUCAAUGAAGUCGAGUAUCGUGUUACCAUUUGGGACUCAAUCAAUGAACUUACAAAUGAAGAAUUAAAAAAAUUGGCCCAAUUUCUUAUAAAUGACCUUCCUCGUCAGUAUUUGCCUGUGGCACAGCGUUUGAUCGAUCAGUUGCGGAAUCCAAAUUCAGAAAUAAAUGCAGCAGUUGGAGCACCAGAUCCAACAGAUGGAGGUCAUGAUAACGUUGCCAUUUGGUGCUUGGAUCAACGUACAUUGCAUGAAAAUAUUCGUCGGAUACUGAUCAAGUUUUGUCUUCCCUCACCGACUGUGCAUUGUGAUGUGCAAUACUUAUCAUCCAAUCAGCCACCUGCAGCUAGUGAGUGGUUGUCCCUUUUUCGACCUCAUAGAGCAAAAGAGCCUGAAGGUUUAUGGAAUCUUUUAUCAAUUGUACGCGAGAUGUUUAAACGUCGUGAUGAAAAUGCGACCAGCCUUUUACAUAUUAUUACCGAAGAAUGCUUAGCUUGUUCACAAGUCUUAAUUUGGUGGUAUCAAACUGCUUUAUCUCAAUCCGGACAAUGGACACUUUGUUCGCCGUCUACCAACAAGUCAAGUUCAUUAAUGUCAAAUCAGAAGACGCCUCAGCUAAACUGUGCAUCACUCUGUGAUGAAAUAGUACAGCUAUGGAGACUUGCUGCUUUGAAUCCACGUUUAUCCUCUUUUGAAAGAGAACAAUUGACUAGUUUCAUACAAAUAUAUCAUCGGAAUGCUGUAGAAAGGAUAUGGAAAUAUAUUUGUUUCUUGACGAAUCCUGAAACAUCAGUAUCAUCACAAGCUGCCGGUUUCAUUAUGUCAGUUGUUGAUCGACAAGGACAGCGACUUUCCGCAGAAAAUGCCCGUUUCACUGCUGAUUUGUUUCCGGGAUUUUUGAGUGCUUUAAGAGCAUGCCAGAUUAGUUGGAAUAACACUAACAUACAAGGAUUAUUGUUUGGAUCAAAUAACAAUAUGUCAGCUGAUGAUUUUCCGAAUAAGUUAAGUCCAAAUAUUCCUGUUCUUCGUCGUCCUUUACGGGUUUCUGAAGAUACUACUUUAUUGGAUAUCAGUACAUCAUUUUACCGCACAUCAGUGUAUACAACCGGGACAAACUACUUCUCACUUCACCAGCAGGCUUCACGUAAAAGAAGGAAGAAGUCUCGCAUUUCCGGACGCCGUGGACAUCAAUUUGAAUUUCAUGAUGAGCGAUCUCUAAUUCGUGCCGUGCGCGCCGCUGCUUGUGCUGCUCGCGAAGCAGCCUUAGGUGAAGAAGUUGAAGACGAUAGUGCUGAAUCAGGACAGGAAAGCGAAGCUGGUCCAUCGGUGUCGCGAAACAACAGCAGGACAAACAGUACAACAAAUCGUAAUGAAUCCGCUGCAACGUUAAGCAAUAUGAACUAUCCAAAAAAUGAUGUUGAUGAAUUAUUCGCUAUUGCACAUGUACAGCAAUCAAAUUGGGAUAUCAAGUUCGCCAGAUGUGAAGCCCUUAUGUCACAUGGAUAUGCACAUCAGGCAUGUGUAAUGGCAGUGGAACUUGCGGAAGAAAUGUUGCGCCGUCCUCCAAAUCUACUUCACCCAGUGGAACAGCGAUAUAAUCCUGAAUUACCUGCAAUGCAGAGGCAUAGAAGAACACGGUUUUCGCAGCCUGGUUCUGUCUUAGAAGUCCCUGUUUUUGAAGUUGAUGGACAACUGAUCGAGAAGUCACAAUUAGCAGAAAACAUAUAUACAAGAACACUUUUUCUGGUUCAAGCGUUAAUGAAGGAGCCAAAAACACAUCGACUGGCUUUUACACUUGCGAUAUCUGUACUUGAAAUACCUCGUAGUCCUGCGGCAAAUAAAUUUCAGGAAGUGAAACUUUAUUAUUUGGAAACAGAGCUGGUUAGCUUGUUAAGAAGAAUAGAAAUUGGUACUCCAGAACUACAAAUAAUCAGAGAUCGAGCGAGGAGAUUCGUGGAAAAUGCUGUUCGUUUAGCGUCUGUACCUCAGCCUUACGUUUUGCCGAUUUCAUUGGGUCAUUACAUUUUAGAUUCCUUGUCAUUCUCUCACAACACUUGUCAGGGACGCCGCACCACAAGCGGCAUUGUAACGAAAAAUGGUGUACAACGACGUCCUUGCGAUGAAGAAUUAGCUAUAAAAGUCGCUUUAGAAGCGCUGGGUAUGAAAUUAGUGAUUUCCGAAGCUGAUUAUUCUAUGCUGUGUGAAAGCACACGACUGCAACGUGGUGAUUUGGCACUCACAGUGCUACUAAGGUAUAAAGAUAAUAUUGAUAAACUGGCUUUAGUACUGGACAAGCUGCUGGACCCAACUAUGCAUCGUAUGUACAAGGAUCAUCAUUCCAAUGCUGCAUUUUUCUUAGAGCAAGAUCCACUUUACAAAAAAUAUUUCAAUGGUCAACGACCGCAUUUCCCUUUCAAGGAUGAAUUUUCUCGUACCGAUUUUACCGAGACUUCAAAUGGUAUUGAAGCAAGAGAAGUUUCUCUACCUUCAGGUCUGUCCGGUGCUGAAACAAGUGUUAUGAUUACUGAAAAUAUGUACGAAAAAAGGGCAAAUAGUGGCAAAUGUGAAACUGAACACCUUAUUAAUACUUUCAUACGUUUGUCGCACGACUCACCUGAUGAUUCAUCAUCAGUAACAUCUGCGAGUAGGCGACGGUCAUCGGAUGAGAGUAAUGAUAGUCCAUAUGACGAAAGCAGCAGCUCAGGGGUUUCAAGAUGUAUUCCUCGUGAUAGGUUGCAUGAAAGUCACUCAGCUUCUGUUGGUACAUCGGACUCACCAUCACCAGCCCAUCGUCCUCCAAAUAUUCUAACUUUGGAUAGCGCAAAUGAAUUCUCUUCAGCACCUGCAGGGCAUCCAGCAGAGUUAAAUAAUGUAUUUUAUCGACAUAACAGACGAAAACCAGUCCCUAGUAUGUCCAAUCAAGCUUCUGAAGGACAAGCACACUGCAUGAUGGAACUUGCAAAACGUCUUCUUCUCGAAGCUGGUGGUAGCCAGAGUACCGUUAUUUUUAAUGCCUCACAAGGCAGUCAAAACAAUCAGCAGCGCAGUGGUCCUCACCGACAGCUGCACAUUUGUUCAUUCCUGAUUGGACUUUAUGCUCUGGGCUUGAACAACUUGUUGUCAGCAAGUUGGCAAACUCGAACUUACAGCACUAAUGUUAGUUGGAUACAUGGCCAAGCGAUCGAAAUUGGUUGUGCGGCGAUCAAAAUUGUUGAACGAGUCUGGGAAACACAUUUAACACCUACAGAAGUCGCUGCAUUGGCCGAUAAGGCUAGUCAGAGUCGUGAUCCAUGCAUGGUUGAAGCUGCCGCAAAACUUGCACUGAGCGUGUUACCAAAGGCAUAUGCUUUAACAGCUGCAGAAAGUCAAAAAGCUUUGCAUCAGUGUAAGGAGCAAAGCUCUGAAAUGCUUGAAAAAGCAUGUCGUGCUGUUGAACAGGCAGCCGAAAAAGAUGGCGUAUACCCGGAAGUGUUGUUCAAAGUUGCCAGGCACUGGUUCGACUUGUUUAUAGAUUCUGAAUCUGUUAGUAGCCCACAAACAAGUUUUCAGAAUGCGAUUCCACAACAACAUCCAACUGGGAUUUCUCAGUUACACAACGACGUUCUGCAGUCACAGGCCCAUGAAACCAUUUAUUCUGCGACAAAUCCACCAGCGCUACAACUUCCUGUUCAGUGCCGACCUGUUCCUUAUCCAGCAGCUUCGUAUCAUUUCAUGCCACCACCCCAUCAUCACCUUCAUCAGGCAGGACCACAUUGCCCUCCACUCUAUGUAUCUCCGGUAUCAUGUACUCAACCGCAAGUUGGAAUUCACUAUUCCCAGCGAGGGCCAUUACCAGUUGGUGCGAUGUCAGUAGUGCCGAGACAACAACCAAGUACUAUUUAUCCUCCGCCUGUGGUUGGUGUUACACCAUCACGAGCCCUACACAUUAGUCAUUCGGCUCCAAAUUUAAGCCCUAUGCAAGCUGUUCAAAUGUCCAGACGCAACCAACCUUUGACUGUUUUGCAACAGCCUAUUUGUCUUGGUGCAGGAAUGACCCGCUGUCAGUUUCCUACCGUAGGGGAACAGUGCAUUCAACCUAUUCCAAUAAAUGAUGCUCUGCGGCAUCUACCUCCGCCUACUUCGCUUGUACUUUGUCAGUCGACCUCGCAACCAGUCACAUAUUUUGGACAGUCAGCUCCUCAGCCUCCAAUGAAUGUUCCUAUUCCAUCACCAAGUGCUUCUGUUGUUGGAGAUCCUCGUAUGGCGAAGCUUGUUCAUGCUCAUCGUGUGGGAAUGAUUGCUAUGGAAACAAUGGGAAGUCGAAACUUGGAUGAUAAUCGUAGCUACGCGAAAUUUUCUCAGAAUCCUGCUUAUGCUGAAGACGUUCGUUGGUUAUUCACAGUGGCAACACGAUUAGGAGGUGUUUUCACCCAAAGUUUUUGUGAAGUAGCAGCUCGAUCUGUUGCAUCGCCAUUCGUUCUUUUUUCAUUAGCUGUUGAAUCAGCAAAGGUCUUUCACUGGCAGAUGCCCUCUAUUAGCUACCAUUCGCAAGCUGUAAUUCACCCUGUCCGGCCUCAGUUAACCACUGGUGCUCCAAAUGUACGGACUAUGCUUCUGCAGAAUGGAUUUGCACCGCCAACAGCCGAUUUAAUGCAGCAUUGCGUUGAGAUGUUCUAUGCCGCAUCCAGCUCUAAGCUUAGCCAUCCUCGUUUUGUUCCCUCAGAUGUUGAAGAGGUCGUUCAACUCGUUAAAACAGCAAAAGAAGCAUUCCAUUGGAUACCAGGGCCGGGGAAAUUAAUGUUUGAAGAUUUCAUGCGACAUGUUCGGAAGCAAAAAGCUUGUAAAAAGGAUGUUGCUCAAAGAAUCAAUGCUUGUAUUCAAAAUACAAACUGA